AUGAAUAAAGAUCGAAAGGUUUCCCUUGAAUUUGCCUGUAAAAAUUUAAAACCGAAUCUCAAGUCUAUUAUUGGUAUUCUGUUUGUCAUCACCAUUGAUCCUGAACUAUGCCGAAAAUUGAAAAUACUCUAUGCUGAUAUUAGUGAAGUUGGUACUUGUGGUAAAGAUGAAGCAGAAAUAUUAUUUACAACACAUACAAUUUUUCGCAUCGACAAUAUUGAAGCACUUCCAGAAGCUGAUCGUCUUUAUGAAAUUCAAAUAACACUCGUAGGUGAUCAAGAUAACGAUUUUAGCAAGCUAACAGCAAGCAUACGUGAAGAAGCACAUUCAAAAGCAAGUCCCGGUCAAGAUAAUCGAGAAUGUGAAGCAUUAACAGAACAUCUAAAUGUUUAUGCAAAAAAAAUGGUUCCUAUAGCGAUAUUAACUACGAAAUAA